AUGGGCCGCAAGCCGAACCAGCUCAUCCUCGAGUUCUUCGAACGAGGCCCCAAACUCGAGGACGCCAGCAACCGCUACCAGCACACAUGUCGCUCCUGCGGCGAGAAGUUUCCCAAGGGCCGCAUCGACACGUUGACGGCGCACCUCGUCAAGAAAUGUCCCGCCCUGACGGAGCGCGAUCGCCAGCGCGCCAUUCUGCAAUUCCACGACCUGCCCGAUCUGCCCUCCAACCCUGCUGUCCCCAGCGCUCAGAAUGGCGCGCAGAACGGCCAGCCGAUGACGCUGCCCUUCGCUGCCCCCAAGGAGGGCAUGAGUGCCCUCGAGACGCUGGCCGAGGUCUCGCGACAGCACCUCGACCUGUCCGGCAAGCGCAUUCCAACACCCGCCGCCGCCGACCACCAGGAGAGAAGGGGCUCCAUCAGGAACGAGGCGCUGCAGAACGGCGGCCAGGUGUUUGAGGACUUCCUCGUCCAGGACGAGAAGCCCGGCUUCGACGACAACGGCAAUCUUCACGAUGCCGCCUCCGCCGGCGCGCCCGACACCUCUAACACCGGCCAGGCACCACAGUCCAUCUACCAGUUCGAGCACCUCCCCACGACCCAUGGUUCUCCACAACAACAACAGCAGCAUCCCGCCAUUUCUAUGGCGCAGCACAGCCCUUCAUCCACGGCGCAAAUGGCCCCUCACCCGUCGUCCUUGGUUAUGGCUGCCUCUGCUGCAGAAGAACUUCGCGCGGCGAUGCCGAACGCCAACUACACAAUGGAGCAGCCAGAUGUUAAUACGUCGAAUGCGGGUAUAUCGGACAAGUUUUUCCACCAGCAAGGGCGUCCCAACUGGUCGCAGGCCAUAGACCCUAUGCUGCAGAAUUCCAAUGGAGAGCAGUCUGUCGAGGGGCAAAACGGACAAAAUGGCACAGCCGGCCAUGGCAACAAUGCGGCAGCCUCAUACCCCAGGCCUAUUGCGAUGAAUCCGAACGGACAUCAGGCACAUUUUACAACGGAUUUCAGCAUAAACCAAAAGCCGUCCAAGCCCAAGGUCAGGGGCAGAUUCACCGACAGCAGACGCAAAGAGGUACAGGAGGUCAGGAAGCGCGGUGCGUGCAUUAGAUGUCGCAUGUUGAAGAAACCGUGUUCUGGGGAAAGCCCCUGCAGCACUUGUCUCAACGUAGAGAGCGCGCGUCUCUGGAAGCAACCGUGUAUUCGUACCCGCAUCGCAGAGGAGUUUAAUCUGUAUUCGGCAGGCUUGCAUUCCGUGUUGGCUUUCCAUAGUGUCAGCUCGGCCAAGGCGAAUGUGCGUUUCGAGCACAUUCCUGGACGGAUCGAGGCCACACAUCACCAAGAGGCUUCUAUAUAUGCCACUUUUACCACGCUGAAGGGGUUCAGAGGAGUCCACGCUCCGAUAGACCCGGCCAUCAUUGAUGCCACGAUGCACGUCGAGAGUAUUCAAGACGUUGAGAUUAUCGACUCUGAUAUCGAUGACAUUGGCGGCAAGCUUGAACUAUACAUGAAGCGCAUAGCCUCUACCUUUUUCGAGAAUGAGACAUCGCCUUUCAUGAAGCCAACUCUGCUGAUGGCUCAGCGGCUCAGUGAGAACAACAAGGAGGGUCUGCUUUCCAAGGUUCUCGAGCUGUGGAUAGCGACCCGCAUCCUCGUCGACCCGAAUCUCAGCCUACAGCUGUUCUUCAACCAUGCCAUGCCACCUUACAAGGAUCCGGUCAUUCUCAAUCAACAAGAUUUGGACUCUGCCGUGUCGGCUUCCCGUUUUGCGAUAGACGUUGGAACUCACCCCGAUUCCUACAAUCUCAUCACGCAACAGAUACUCGGCGCGACGGAGAAGCGUGCUGCGAGCCUGAGCAAGUUCGUCAUGAACGACCUUGAGCGCCGCUUGCUGCAGCGGCAGCAGGCAAACCCCUUUGAGACCUUUUUGGUUUCAAUGAUAUUACUGGCGUGCGUGGAACGCAUGUGCUGGCUCUUCAAGACGUGGGAGAGCCCCGCACAGCCCGUGCAACCGCGUCCGUACAGCGUUCCACCGCCUGAGCGCGAUUUCAAGGCAGAGCUCGAGGCCAGCAUAAACAGCCUCAACCAGAACUCGGAUAACCACGCCUCGGGACAUGGCAACGGCACUGCCGCGCAAGCCCAUGACGCAACCUCCACUUCAGCCGCAGACGCGACGCAGGCGCCCACCGACGGCACUGCUCCCGGAUCAGCGCCAGAUGUCCAUCACGCCGGACAUCCGCGGCCGAACCCGUCGCGCUGGCCGCUGGACAAGCAGCCACCGUACUACAGCCAGCAGGGGGAGCGUUUCAGCGACAUCUUGCACAUGCUGCUGAAGAUGCGGGGGGUGCCGCCGAAGACGACGACGGAGCCCAUAACGAACGUGAUAGUGCCGAUUGACAACCAGACGAACAACAGCACGACGAACGCGACGAUCAACCCGGCGUCGGACGCGCUGGCCAAGGAGUGGUUCGCCGAGGUGCGGAUUACGCCAGGGUGGUUGUCGGAGCGGCGGCAGAGCGGCUUCAGGGGCGAGCGGCCGGACGAGUGGGAGGCGUGCCUUGUUAGUAAAAUAUUGGUGCAUGGGGGGUUGGCGCCUUAG